AUGGCUAAAUAUAUCUGCUACCAAGCUGACAACGAAGCUCAAGCAGUCCAGAUCUUUGAUUCAUGGGCCACUGGAUCUGGUGGCUUGCUUGAGAGACUACCCUUGACAGGUGUAGAUGUAGUAAGCUUGGAUUGGAUAGUUGAUAUGGCUGAUGGAAGGAAACGACUCGGUCCUAAUGUGGCUGUACAAGGUAAUGUGGAUCCUGUUGUCCUUUUUGGCUCAAAGGGAUUUAUUACCAAUCGAAUAAAUGAUACUGUCAAGAAAGCUUGUAAAGGGAAACAUAUUUUGAACCUCAGACAUGGCAUCAAAGUAGGCGCACCUGAAGAAAAUGUUGGUCGUUUCUUUGAGAUUGCUAAAGGACUUAGGUAUUAG